AUGUUUGCUAAACCGUAUAAAUUGAAAUCCACAAAUACUCUCAAAAAUUCAGAGAAAAAACACUUGAUACAGAGGCUUGAAAAAGGAUUUCCGUCAGUCAACGAGGAAAAACUUAAAGAAAUCGUGCCAAAUAAGUCGACAUGUAAUCUCAUGAAGUUAGUAUUGCAUUCAGGAGAAACGGCCGGUGUUUAUGCUGUGGAUGGUGUGCCGAUGAUCAUAGAUACUGGAGAAACAUUAGUUCCUACUGUUUGCGCACUUUGGAAAGUCCCUGAUUUAAUACCAACAAUAGUUAUACACUCUCCUGUUUUAAGCAAGGUGCAAGGUGGAGUGCCACUUUACGCCCCUGGAGUUGUCACAGACCCCACAACCUUUCCACGAUUCAAUAAAGGAUCAUUACUUGCAGUAUGUACAGACGACAAUGCAGCAGCAGCUAUUGUAGGGCGAGCCAUGAUGUCUUCAGGAAAUCUUCUGAUAGCAUCUAUGGGAACAUGUUUAGAAGUUUUACAUGUAAUAGGUGACAAUUUAUGUAAAGAACUUAAGUUUAACAAGAUAGAAAGGCCAAAACUACAGCUCGGUUUAAAUAUUAACUCCGUCAUACAAGAUAUGGCUCAGCUUAACCUACAAGUAAAAGAGGAGUGGCCCAGCUUGGUACCUGAAGCUCCGGUUGUCAACGAACCUAGAUUAAUUCCAGAUAAUGUAACGGAUAAUAAAGUAAUAGAAGAAACACAAAAUUUAGAAGACACAAUUGCAACUGAGUGCUCUGAUACAGAAGAGGGUAUACCGAGUGACAUGGACGGUUUAUUAAGAUGGUGUCUUCUCUCAUUCCUCAAAAUACACGGAAAAGAUGUUGAAUUGCCCCUCAAAACCAACCUUUUAUACAAGAAUUAUCUGAUGUCGCUGUGCCCUCCAGACCGUACCAUAGAUGUAAAGAAAUCCUCUUUUUAA